AUGUUCAAGAGCGGUCUUGCCCGGACCUUCGGGAGGGCUGCUUUUGCCCGACCUACCUCCGUCGCCCGUCGCGCUUUCCAGCCUAAGACCAAUGGCCUCCCUUCCCUGGCCCGUAUGGCCAGCACUGAGGCCUCUUCCGUUGGAAAGAUUCACCAGGUCAUUGGUGCCGUCGUCGACGUGAAGUUCGACGGUGACAAGCUCCCUGCCAUUCUCAACGCCAUUGAGACCGAGAACGGUGGCCAGAAGCUCGUCCUUGAGGUUUCUCAACACUUGGGUGAGAAUGUCGUUCGUACCAUUGCCAUGGACGGUACUGAGGGUCUGACCCGUGGUGCUGCUGCCCGUGACACCGGUGCUCCCAUCACCAUCCCCGUCGGUCCCGGCACCCUUGGCCGUAUCCUUAACGUCACUGGUGACCCCAUUGACGAGCGUGGUCCCGUCAAGGCCGACAAGUUCCGUCCCAUUCACACUGAGGCUCCCGAGUUCGUCGAGCAGUCCACUGAGGCCGAGAUUCUCGUCACUGGUAUCAAGGUCGUCGAUCUGCUUGCCCCCUACGCCCGUGGUGGUAAGAUUGGUCUCUUCGGUGGUGCCGGUGUCGGUAAGACCGUCUUCAUUCAGGAGCUGAUUAACAACAUCGCCAAGGCUCACGGUGGUUACUCCGUCUUCUGUGGUGUCGGUGAGCGUACUCGUGAGGGUAACGAUCUGUACCACGAAAUGCAGGAGACUGGUGUCAUCCAGCUCGAGGGUGACUCCAAGGUCGCUCUGGUCUUCGGUCAGAUGAACGAGCCCCCGGGUGCCCGUGCCCGUGUCGCCCUUACCGGUCUGACCAUUGCCGAGUACUUCCGUGACGAGGAGGGUCAGGACGUGCUGCUCUUCAUUGACAACAUUUUCCGUUUCACCCAGGCCGGUUCUGAGGUGUCUGCCCUUCUGGGUCGUAUCCCCUCUGCCGUCGGUUACCAGCCCACUCUGGCCGUCGACAUGGGUGGUAUGCAGGAGCGUAUUACCACCACCACCAAGGGUUCCAUUACCUCCGUCCAGGCCGUCUACGUCCCUGCUGACGAUUUGACUGACCCUGCCCCCGCCACCACCUUCGCUCACUUGGACGCCACCACUGUCUUGUCCCGUGGUAUCUCCGAGUUGGGUAUCUACCCUGCCGUCGACCCUCUCGACUCCAAGUCCCGUAUGCUCGACACCCGUAUCGUCGGUGAGGAGCACUACAACACCGCCACCCGUGUCCAGCAGAUGCUCCAGGAGUACAAGUCCCUCCAGGAUAUCAUUGCCAUUCUGGGUAUGGACGAACUGUCUGAGGCUGACAAGCUCACCGUCGAGCGUGCCCGUAAGCUCCAGCGUUUCCUGUCCCAGCCCUUCACCGUCGCCCAGGUCUUCACUGGUAUCGAGGGUAAGCUGGUCGACCUCAAGGACACCAUCCGCAGUUUCAAGGCCAUCAUCAACGGUGAGGGUGACGACCUUCCUGAGGCUGCUUUCUACAUGGUUGGUGACUUCGAGUCUGCCCGCGCCAAGGGUGAGAAGAUCUUGGCCGAGCUCGAGAACAAGGCCUAA